AGGAGGCUUUCUGGUACCUGGGGGCCCCCUUGCUAAGGAUGCUGGUCUCAGAUUUCAUCAUGUGCGAUGCCAAUGUAUAAUAUGAGGGAGUGAUGCACCUUCCCGCGUGCGCGCUGAUCUCGACCGAUUUUUUGAGCAGAAUUCCUGGGGAUCCACUGAUUGACUCCCGUCCUUGUUUCUUACGACGACUUCUAUCAUAUCUCGUGGCACUGUGCGCGUGUCGUGAGGUUGACGAUGGUCGACGACAGAGGCACCAGACUCCUCGCCGUAACAUGGUCUCUCUGUGUCGCUAGCGCUACGCUUCUCUCAUUGCGUAUCUAUUGCAAGCUAUGGCGUGGACGUGGUUUAUGGUGGGAUGACCACCUCUUGAUUGUCUCAAUGGUGUCACUGGUGAUAUCCAUCUCGAUUAAUUCCUACAUCGUCUCUCUCGGAUUCGGACGCCAUAUCGAUACAAUCAGCAGCGAUGACCUCAAGCUCAUUAAACUCAAUACAAUCCUCGUCGCCACAUUCGGAAUCAUCGCAACGACGACGAGCAAAAGCUCAUUCGCCCUGACGUUGUACCGGAUCGUCACGAACCAAUGGUUGAAGCACUUCCUUAUCUUCAUCAUUGUUUCCAUCAACAUCUCGAUGAACUUGGUGUGGAUCUUCGGGUUUGCCAAAUGCACGCCGUUGCAACGAGUAUGGGACAGCAACGUACCUGGGAGUUGCUGGGACAAGAAGAAACUCGUCAAAUUCCAGUUGUUUGCUGCCUAUUACUCCGCCAUUCUCGAUUUCGUCUUGGCGUUCCUCCCCUGGCCGAUUCUCAUGGGCGCAACGAUGCGACGUCGCGAAAGGCUUGGUGUCGCUGUAGCGAUGAGCUUGGGUGCCAUUGCCGGAAUAUGCGGCAUCGUGAAAGCUGUACUGGUGGUUCACAUGACCAGCCCAGACAUCACCUACGAACGCGUCGACUUGACAAUCUGGACUUUGACAGAGCCUGCCGCAUCGAUCAUGGCAGUAUCUAUUCCAGUCUUGAGAAUGCUGUAUCGAGAGCUCAAGUCAACUCAACGAAGUUAUGCGCGAAACAAGUCACAGUCGCAUGCGCUCGAAACAGGAACGAGGAAGGAGGUUAGGUCGACGAAGAGAUAUGGCCCAGGCUCACAAUAUGGUCGAAACUCUGUUGUUGUCAUGUCCACCGGAGGGUGGCAAGAGUCGCAGGAAGCCCUUCAGGAGGCAGAAGGCGGCCAAGCAUCGCCGCUCCCAGGCAUGAACGGCAUCAUCAAGACCGAAGAAGUGAGAGUGCGGCACGAAAGAUUAACGGGACUCAGCGAAGGCGAAAGCUCAAUAGAGCUCGACUGGUUCAAGGAGGGUCACAGAUGAGAUCACGAAACCGACAGUUGAUGGGCAUCCAGGCUGGCCUCGGACGAGGGUUUGCACUAUUAAUAUUUUAU